AUGCAAGAGAAUGAGGAUAUGAGGCGGAUAUCAGCCAGCCUGACGUGCCCUGUCGCCGUUUAAAACCCAAUACACCCUACUUUCCAGCUCCUAUUGUCCUCAACCUUUCUACCCCCUCGGAAUUCAUUCUGCGCUCACCAAUCGAAAUGGACGAGAUUCGCGCCCCAGCCCAGGCGAUUCUGAGACAGCCACGCAAGAUCUACAUUGACCAAGAGCAACAGCCACAAAUCUUACCAUUCCGGCACCAUGGCCAACCUCGUCGUCGGGAAUGGGAACAGCGCGAGUAUCCUGAUCCGAUGUGGGGAGCUAGGCUUCUAGCAAUCUUCAAACUAGAAAUGCCGAAGCCGAACUACUCUCAUCCCUUGCCUCUCUUUAAUACUCAGCCCACUCAGUACUCCCUAUCAAUGGAAAAUAUCGCGCUUAACACUCUGGGCCCAACUCUACAGAAUGUUCGUGUUCGUCGCCGCAAUACACCGGCGUAUCAGAUGAUCCAAGGUACAGGGGCCAUGAAUCAAAGAGCAGAGGCUGCCGGGAGAGAUUCAGGGGUUACCGCCAAAAACCGGAGACUGAAUAUAUUGGACCCCCGAAAAGCAAGUCAUGAGAGACGCAAGAGAGAACUAUUAGAAAUCUUGGAGCCGGUUCUUGGCUCGGAUGAUUCGGAUUCAUCUUCCAUCUUCCUCUGCUGGGGUAAAGAUAAUCGCUGUCAUAUCGUUCCCGUUAAAAUUCCAAAUUCAGCCGACGACGUGACUGUAUGGCAAGAAAUUCGUCGAGUGUGGUAUGCACACAGAGGGGGCUGGAGAAAGCGCCUAAAUCUGUUCGGUGUUAGGGAAGUGGGUAUUGUUGAGAUUUCAAUCGCAGGACGAGAGUUGAAAUGCAAGCAGCAAACAAAGCAUAAGAGGUUUGUUGGCACUUAUACCACCGAGGACUUGGCCGCCGAAAAAGGACGACUCGAACAGAUCAUUGCCAGUUACGAUCCCCAGGAGUUCCCUUGCCCGUAUAAUCCGUCUACAGGCCAAGUGAACUGUUUUAGCAGUUGCAUAUCCUAUAAACUAGAUGGAAUAAUAUGCCCGGAGCGGACGUUAUAUCAGGCAUAAAGGGAACUCUCACGCCUCAAUAUGCGACCAUUCCUAACUCUAGCCUUCUCCGACCCAGGUAUUGCUGCGGUAAAUGGCUUGCUCGACGUAGAAGGUGUCAUCAACAGCCACUUGGAUAUUUUGUCGAAGCUUGAGAGAUGGCACUGCCCAAAACUGGGGGAGCUCCAGUUCCGAGCACUAAUCAUCGAUGAAGACCGGAUGCCUGGUUCGCAGCACGUGGUCUUG